AUCACCGAGGCGCACGGACGGAGCACAUCUUCGCAGCAUCCGCGGCUCAGGUCCACAACCAUGACAAAAGAGGAGGAGCUUGUGACGGAGAGACAGGAGGAAGAGGCGGUCCAGAGGAGUGAGGACGGAGACACAGAGGAUGAGGACCCGGAGGUGGACAGAGACGAGCCGGAGGACACACACGAAGAGCCGGAGCAGGAGGAAAGGGACACGCUGGAGGACAGGGACAUGCAGGAGGACGGGGACCAGCUGGAGGACAGGGAUGACGAGGGCGACGGGCCUGCAGAUGAGAGGGACCUGGCAGAGGACCAGAGUCUGCCUGAGUAUGUCCCCGUGGACCCGGGACAGGAGAGACGGCGACCCAAAGUGCACCCGUCCGCCCUCGCCCCACUGCCCAAAGACUACGCUUUCACCUUCUUUGACCCCAAUGACCCCGGCUGUUACCAGAUCCUGACUGACCCCCAGACCACUGUCCCUCAGCUCUUUGCCAUCGUCAGGCAGUGGGUCCCCCAGGUGCAGCACAAGAUUGACAUCAUCGGCUCUGAGAUCCUGAAGCGUGGUUGCCAUGUGAACGACCGCGAUGGGCUCACAGACAUGACUCUGCUCCACUACAGCUGUAAGGCCGGGGCCCACGGAGUCGGGGAGCCAGGGGCCGCUCUUCGCCUCACUUCACAACUCCUGUCUCUGGGGGCCGAAGUGAGCCUGAGGAGCCGCUGGACAAACAUGAAUGCUCUGCACUACGCCGCGUACUUCGACGUACCAGAGCUGAUCCGUGUACUGCUGCGAGCCGCCAAGCCCAGAGUGCUCAACUCCACGUGCAGUGACUUCCACUACGGCACGGCCCUCCACAUCGCAGCCUCCAACCUGUGCCUGGGGGCAGCCAAGUGUUUGCUGGAGCAUGGGGCCAACCCCACUGUCCGGAACGAGAGGGGCCAGGUGCCUGCAGAGGUGGUCCCGGAUCCCAUGGACAUGAGUCUGGACAAAGCUGAGGCAGCUCUGGUGGCCAAAGAGCUGAGGCAGAUCCUCCAGGACGCGGUUCCUUUGAGCUGUAACCUGCCGCGCGUCACCUUGCCCAACUACGACAACAUCCCCGGGACCCUCAUGCUCUCCUCCAUGGGCCUCAAGCUGGGGGACCGUGUGCUGCUGGACAACCAGAAGGUGGGCACCCUUCGGUUCUGUGGGCCCACAGAGUUCGCCAGUGGGCUGUGGGUGGGGGUGGAGCUGGAUGAGCCUGAGGGGAAAAACGAUGGCAGUGUGGGGGGAGUCCGCUACUUCAUCUGCCCCCCCAAACUGGGUAUCUUCACUCCAGUGUCGAAGAUCUCCAAAGCCGAGGUCCAGACGCCCUCCUCGGUCACCUCCACCCCCCGCACCCCUCACAUGGACCUGGCCUCUCGCCUCACCGCCAAGAUGAAGAAGGAGAAGGACAAAAAGGAAAAGGACAAGGACAAAUAGAACUUGUCAAGUCUUCAACAGCGGGAAGGGGGCGUGGCGGAGCUGGGAGACCACGUGCUCGUAGCAGGACAGAAGCUGGGAGUGGUGCGCUUCUAUGGGAAAACAGAGUUCGCCCCAGGUGACUGGUUUGGCAUCGAGCUGGACAAACCCACAGGCAAACACGACGGCUCUGUGUUCGGAGUGCGCUACUUCAGCUGUCUGCCCAAAUAUGGCGUGUUCGCCCCACCCUCACGGGUUCAAAGAAUCGGAGGCCCCAAAGACGGCUCCCAGAACGACUCCAUGGUUAAAAAGGUUCACCAAGUCACCAUGUCACAGCCGAAGCGUAACUUCAACACUCUGCACUCUCCCAAGGACCUGACCUCAGACAGCUCCAUAUCCAGGUUGCUGUUCUGUUGCUGGUUUCCCUGGAUGCUCCGUGCUGAGAUGCACUCCUAACCUCCCCCUCCACUGGGGCCCCCCUUGGGCCCCCUCAGGCCCCCCUCUCACCUGUGUCAUUGUGUUUGAGACGGUUCUUACUAUAGCCAUUUGUCAGCAGAUUAGUGCCUUGUAUCAGACACACACCACACGGCUACACGUGCACAGCUCUGAAGGACAGGAGCACCUGACAGGAGCACCUGACAGAAGCACCUGACAGGAGCUCCUGACAGGAGAACUUCAUGAGAGCCUACAGUAGACAGUACAGGGGAACGGCCAGUCCUUAAAGAGCUCGGGAUCAAAUGGCAAACUUGACGUUAUUGGCAAUGUGUGAAAAAUGUCCAUCAGGAUGUAUUGGCCAAAAGCAAACACAAGAACCAUAGAACAGUGUGACAAA